AUGCUCAGGAGGAUCCUGCUGAGUGUCUUCAUGGUGACUGCGAUGUGCAGAGGGAGCUCAGCGCACUACAACAGCGAUAUGUGCAAUUGGAAAGGAAGUGGGCUGACCCAUGAACUGCACAAGAAGGAAGUCGAGCAGGUGUACCUCCGUUGUUCGGAAGGAUCGGUCGAAUGGUUGUACCCAACUGGAGCUCUCAUAGUCAACCUUCUCCCCAAUACCUUGUCUGCUUCUGAGCACUUGACUGUUUGCAUAAAACCUUUAAAAGACUCCAAAGGAUCUAAUAUUUAUUUGGAAAAAACUGGAGAACUCAAGAUGUUGGUUCGGGACGAGGAACACCUUCCUAAUAAGGUCUAUUGCUUUGCCCAGGACCAAGUGUUGUUCAUUGAGGCCACACCACAGUUGGACAUUAGCCGAAAAAUUACUGGCUUCCAGUAUGAGAUUUUUAGCCGGAGGACGUUCUCAGACUUGCAUGCUAUUUCUGAUCCCUGUCGACCCUGCAGUGACACAGAGAUCCUGCUAGCAGUGUGCAUUAGUGAUUUCGUUGUCAAAGGUUCUAUCAAAGAAGUAACCACUGACAUUGAACAGCAGGAAUCCAUCAUUUCUGUUUCCAUCAACAGACUUGACCGACAGAAAAGCAAAAUUUUCCAACCCAGCCAAGAACACAGAGGUUGGGAAGGGAAGAUAAGGACGCCUUUGGAAUGUGGCGUCAGAGCAGGACUGGGGGAGUUCUUGUUCACUGGACGAAUGCACUUUGGGGAGCCCCGAUUGGGCUGUGCGCCGCGGUAUAGGGACUUCCAGAGGAUUUAUCUAGAAGCAAAAAGUAAUGGAUUAAACCCAUGCGAAAUUAACACGGAUUGA